AUGGCUGAUAAUGAUGGUGUCUUGGUUUUCUACGACAAACUUGAGAGCAGCGACGAAAAUAUUACCGCACGAUCAAUAAGAAGGAGCCUUUUGGCGAUUAACGGGAAAAGUCCAGGACCGGCUAUAGAAAUAUGUCUCGGUGACACGAUAGAAGUUCUCGUUUCUAAUAAAUUAGGAAGUGAUGAAUUGGCUUUCCAUUGGCAUGGAAUUCGGCAAAAGGAUUCCAAUUACAUGGACGGAGUGCCUAUGAUAACGCAGUGCCCUAUUUUACCCUUCGGUGGCUUUCGUUACAAAAUAAUUCCUGAGAGCACGGGAACGUACUUUUAUCACGCUCAUUCAGUCUCGCAGCAGGGUGACGGAGUGUAUGGGUCGUUGAUAGUUCGAGGACCACAGGACGAGGAUUUCAGUCUAGAAAGGACACUCGUCUUCUCAUCAAGGCCAUCGACUCCACUGACGCGACACGCAAGCCUUUUCCCACCUACGCCGGACGAGCUCCUCGUAAAUGGCCAGGCGGAGCGAGUGAUUGUGCAAGUGAAGCAUGGAUUUCGUUAUUUACUACGCCUCAUUAAUGCAAAUGCUCACGAUUGUCCUAUUUUAUUGUCCAUCCAUGGACAUUUGCUUCAAAUAUUUGCUGCUGACGGCAACCCUGUACAAUCGAUGACGGGCACGCACGUUAUUUUAUUCCCAGGUGGACUUUGGGAUGGUUUGAGGGCAAACGAUAACGAGACGCGCAGCAUCGGCAUGGAGUGGACCCGCGAUAAAACUCUGGAGCUGCUACGCGAGUAUCAACAACGACGAGUCCUCUGGGAUUGGAACGCCCGAGGCUAUCGCGACAGGGCGAAGCGCAAACGAGCUAUCCAAGAGCUCGCUGAGAUUCUCUGCUGCAACACUCUCGAGAUUGAGAAGAAGAUCACCAAUCUCAAGUGCCAAUAUUCUCGGGAAGUACACAAGAUACAGAACAGUCGCGAAGCAGCCACCGGUCCAGAGGACGUAUAUGUCUCCAAGUGGUUCGCCUUCAAAGCUAUGCAGUUCCUACAAUUCGGCACGCGUAGAUACAGCAAGCGGAAGAAGAAAGUUGAAGAGGAACCGAAACUACAAGAAGAAUAUAUUGUGAGCGACAUCGAUCCCGAAAGUAUAACAUUCAUGGAUUGCAACGAGGAGACAAACGGCUCUGGUACCGGUUCGUUCAAUGCCUCACUGAGCGAGGACGCCGAAGAGUCCUCGUCGUCCAGUAUGAAGGCAAUGGAAUUGUACAAUGGUUCUUUGCCGAGCCAGAACGGUUUCGUUCUUGUUGAGCCUCGCGCAUCGGAUGAGAGAGAACGAAAAAAGACCAAGGAAGAGUUUGUCAAGUUCGGCGAGAGUAUCGCCGUGCAGCUCGCCGAGAUUCCUGACUCUUACUCGAGAUCGGUCGCCAAACUUAGGAUCAACCAGAUUCUCUUCGAAGCAGAGAUUGGGAUCUACGCGCAAACGCAUCGCGAGAGACUUGAUGGUAUUCUAACGGCUGAACAGGCAAUCGGCAAGUACGCUCUCGAUAUUCAGGGUCUUCGGGAAUGUCGCAAUUUGCGUCAAGAAGCAUAUAUUUUUUACGAAAGUGCCGCCCUUGAUUCAUACACAAUAAGGACUACAAACACUAAUAACUUCGAUGAACGAUCAUUUAAAAUCGCGGAAAAUGGCCAUCACUGUCAUAGAAUAUUCAAAAAUGUCAUUUGUUCUUUGGAUCUAAAGAAUGCAAAAUUAUCGCAAUUGGAGGAAAAGGCGGAUGAAACGAUCUAUGUGCCCUUCGAUGCAAACACUUUCUCAUUUCUUACAGAUGAAAUGACGGACAAUUCCUACAACUUUUAUAUAUCGAGAUAUUAUCCAGCUUACUUGAGCUUAAAGAAAGACGCGAUAAGGAUACCGCAGAUUAAUGGCAUGUCUUUCAAGUAUCCGCCAUCUCCGAUAUUAUCACAACCAGAAAAUAUUUUGGAGAAAUCGAUUUGUACCCUCAAUAAACGCUCUAGCGGAUGUGCUGAUACACCGUUAUUUUGCGAGUGUUUGCAACUAUUCCAAGUUCCACCUCGAAAAACAAUCGAAAUUAUAUUAAUAAAUAAAGGCUUUGGAGGCAAUGCAUCCUAUACGUUUCAUUUACAUGGUUAUAAUGCCAGUGUUGUUGCUCGAGAAAGUUUUGAGCAACCUCUUACCAAAAACGAUAUUAUAUCUUUGGACCUUAAUGGAAAGAUACAUCGAAAUCUUGUGAAUCCAGUGCAAAAAGAUACCUUUGUCGUACCAAAUAAAGGAUAUGUUAUUCUUCGUUUUUACACCGACAAUUUAGGCUAUUGGCUGUGGGAAGCGAGAAGUACUGCUGUAUAUCCUCCGUUACUCGGGCCUGGAAUGCAAUUCUUAAUGAGAGUAGGUCUCCAGGGAAACUUGCCGCUCGUACCGAUUGACUUUCCUAGUUGUGGCAAUAACAAAGGCAUAGAUUUAAUUUUUGAGAGCUGA